CCGCCAACUAGCAAAAUGUAUCCUUUCGUCUCAAACCAUCCGACUACGCACACUAGCUACUCGACGAUGCCGGGCUUUUCCGGCCUAGAUGACAAGUCGUGCAGCAGUAGGUACACUGAUAGCGUAAUGAAUAGCUAUCCUCCAAUGGGAGUGCCCGGCAGCGCCAGCAUCGCACAGUUCUAUCAACAGGCGGCGGCUGUUUCAGCUGCAUCGGCAGGAGUUGGAGUUGACUCUCUUGGCUCUGCCUGCUCACAACUUUCUUCUUCCGUCGGGGGUGGACAGUCCGGAUUGCCAGAUAUAACCCGUCAUCCAUGGCUAGUAACUGCAUCGCAAUCAGCUCUUCAGAAAUUCGCCAGCACAGAUUGGAUGAGCAAUCCCUUCGAUAGGGUAGUUUGUGGUGACUUUGCGGGUCCGAACGGAUGCCCACGCCGGCGUGGUCGUCAAACUUACACACGCUUUCAGACCCUCGAACUGGAGAAGGAAUUCCAUUUCAACCAUUAUCUAACCCGCCGACGAAGAAUCGAAAUCGCGCAUGCGCUCUGUUUGACAGAGCGGCAGAUCAAGAUCUGGUUCCAAAACCGUCGCAUGAAAUUAAAAAAGGAGCUUCGUGCGGUAAAGGAAAUCAACGAACAGGCGCGUCGUGAACGCGAGGAACAGGACAAGAUGAAGAACGAAUCGCUAAAAUCCGCCCAACAGCAUCACAGUCAAAAGCAGAACCAGCAAGACCACACGAUUGUGGGCUCUCAGCAAUCCAGCAAUGGCACUGGGAACGGUGCCGGAGCCGGAGGUGCCGGUGGGGCUGGCAGCGGUGGUGGCGGCAGUACUGGAAGCCUCGGAAGCCAUCUGCACCAUCCGUCAAUCGUCGCGCAGAACGAUCUGAAACUCGGACUCGGCGGAAUGGGCGUCGGCGUCGGAGGGAAUCUCAGUAUGAUGGGAGGUCUGGAUAAUAAAACGAAUCAAGACAUCCUGAAAGCAGUAAUGCAACAUAAUAAGCGAUGGGAUUAA